AUGAUGAUCCCAAAGGUGGCCGCCGCCAAUACUUACGUCUUCACUUCGGUGCAAACAGUAUCUCCAGCACAAGCAACGUCUGUCGACCAGGAAGGUGGAGACCUGGACUUUCACAACUGGGUGCAACGCGGGAAGACAAUUCGCGGCGGCGAUUCAGUCUCUUCCUGUUUGGCCAAUCUCACUGCUGCCUUGGAGCUCGUCGGUAGUCUGAAUGCUGCCGAGUAUAAUGGCGCAGCCGGAGCACUUAGUAUCCUUCCAACUGCUGGUGCCCUUCUCGGAGCUCCGACGCGCGAAAUGUGGAUCGUAUACAAACUCGUUCCGAUCGCUGGUGUCCUCAGCAUGUUACUUAGUCUAGGAGGCUCUCUUACCCCUUCGAAUGUGGGCCAUUAUAAUCCCGAUGAAUCGUUCUCAUAUGGUGGCUUUAUGCCAACAAAUCUGGUCACCGUGCCACAACGACAAGAGUCGCGCCCAAGCUCUCACGUAGAUGAUCAGCACCAGCGACCCAAGCUAGAGAGUCUGCACGGAGAACCCAAGCCACAGAAUCAGAAACAGAAGCCAGAUAUUUCACUAAACGAUAUGCAAAGCUUUGCUCAAGAGGUACGAAUCAGAGCCGAGGAGCCUAGCGGAGGUAGUAUCUUCUUGGGAAUUUGGUUCGCCAUGGCGUUGCAGGUGGGCCUCAUCGUGGCCCUAUUGAUUCCGAUGUACUUCGCCCAGCAGGGGGCAGUGAUUACAUGGUGGUGUCGCGCCUGGGGCUGGAUGUGGUUUUGGUAUUUUCUUGUGACUGCAGUCGCUAUCUUCGACAACCUCGUGGCGGCUCCAUUUAUGAAGAGCUGGACGAUCCGAGUGUCUAAAGCACAGACUGGCUUAAUGUUGGGCAUAGACGCUCCGAAGAUCUGGAAUGCCACAGACUACCCGAAUGCUUUCGAGUUCAUUAAGUCCGGUCCAGGGCUAAACCGGAAGAUUCGCGUCUCCCCAGAUCAAGGGCUCACUUACCCACGAACAUGCUUUUAUGUGGUCAUCUCUGUCAAUCGCAUCUCAUCGAUGCAUGCUGCGGCACAAGUAAUUGCCAAAUGCUCCAAUGUUGCCGUAUUUGCGUUCGGCACAGCGCUUUUUGCCUCAGCAACUCUACUCUCUAUAUCUAGUGCAUUGAUGGUCCUUUGCUUGAUCCUCCCCGCUGGUGUUGCUGGGAGAGUGAUCGCCACGUGGAUUGUUUCUGCUAUGAGCCGCCAGAACAAGCCAAUAUUGCACAAGACGGUCAGGUCAGAAAAUGAUGCCGCCGAGUACUUUGAGGAGCUCUCAAAACUCCCCAACAUUCAAAUGGAGAUCGACGGGCACGUUAUUGUCAAUGGUACUGUUGUGACCUCAAGACACAAGCUGUUCACUCCCGCAACCUACAUCGGUCUCCUUGCCAAGCCGUUUGAUGUGUUAGCAUUAAACGACGAGAUAAUUCAGAGACCAGUCAAUUCCAACAUAUACAUGGCAGGGAUGUACCUUUCUCGUCCUGCGUUGCCAAGUCUUCCACGUGAGUACUCUUACGUGCACAGGGCACCAUCGAGUUCACCUUGGCGGAGUCAACCAAGUCCAUUUAUGCACGGUCAGAAUUUCGAUGAACGCAUAGAUCAUACAUGCUCUUGGAAUAACGGCUCUGGCGCUAACAAUACUGUCUACGCUGCUGGCAAUGAUGGUUUCGACAGUGGCAAUGAUCCUGAUCGAGGUUAG